AUGGACCACCACCACAACCCCCACGACUAUGCGAACUCAAGCGUCCUGGCAUGGACUGCCUCGCAGUCUGCCAACGUGGAGCCGUCGGCCGAGGACGAUGCGGGCGGCGACGCCGACGAGCCCCCAGAGCGUAGUUCGCUGGUAUCACCCAGCUCGAACCAGUUCCCGCGUGCCCCUGUGCGACGCGGUAGUGAGCACCAUUCGCUCUUGACCAAAGCACUGCAGAGCCACUCCGAUGACGACGUCGACUCGGGCCCUCUGCGUGGGACCAGGAGGCGGCGCUCCAUCACGAGUAACUUCAGUCUAGCCUCGACCGAGCUUACGUGCGACACGGGCAUCACGACACCCGCUCGUACCAACUCACCGAGUCCUCCGCUGCAGGAUAUGGGCUUCGUCCCGAUCGCGAUCCGGGACGCCAAAAAUAUCCCGUUGAGUGGGACCGCCCAGCGGCUCAAGGACCCCGCCGUGCAGGCUCUCGAGAAGAAGCGUUGUAUUUCGUUUGCUUGUGCCGCCAGACCAAAGCCCGAUGAAAACGUGUCGGGUUUUCAAGCCCCCAAGGCCACGACUGAAGCGGCGAGAGUGCAGGAAGCACCCAAGAGACCGUCCAUAAAGUUUGCCUGCGCAGCCCAGGCCCCUCUUAAAGCCCCACUUACUCAAGAUGCGUUGGCAACGACGCCAAAGCCAAAGGUGUUGCCCAGCACGCCUAGUGCAACACCUCCAAGUCUCCAGAAGCCACGGUCUCCUUCAACUGUUCGCUGUUUCCGCAUCAUGACGCCCCGCAGGCCUUCCCAGAGCCCAGUGGCUGUGCGAGCGAAGAAAUGGCUUACUGCCAACUCGAAGGAUCUGCAAAGUGAAUGCGCUCGAUUUCAUGAAUUUGCGAGCGAUGAACCGCUUGAGGAUGACUGGAUUCGGCGUGAUGAUCCGUCUUCGAAACCUAAACUCACUAUUUAUGACACUUUGGAGAAGGAGAAUGCUAUCCGCAAGUUGGGCAAGGAAGCUGAAGAAGAAGCUGAACUCGAGGAUGAUGAAGACGGAGAGGAGGAAGACGAGGAUGAGGACGACGAGAAUUCCCGUGAGGACGAUGACGAAGAUAACCUCGACAACGAGAUUGGUAAUGGCGGGGCGGAGAAUAAGAACAACGUCGAUCUUGAGUACGGUUGGGACGAUGAUGCCUCGGACGGAUACAAGACGGACAAUGAGGUUGGAUUCGCCGACUCAGACUCGGAAGACGACGAUCUUGUUCUUUGGACCACUCGGAAAGCCGGCCACCAUUCGCUAUCAGGGGCGACGCCAGUGCAACGCAGAUCCUCGGUUGGCGAGCAUUCCGACUCGUCAGACUUUUCGACCCAUAAGUCGAGGAUGCGGCACGCCAGGAGCCGCAGACGGCGGGCUCGCCCAGUGAUGUUCCGUCCAGGGACCCCCGAACUACCGGACAGCACCGACUUUGUGUGCGGGACGCUGGAUGAGGACCGUCCCUUGGAAGAAGCCUACAUCUCAUGUGUCGCAGCCCGUAAGCGCAACAAUCACCAGAUUAUUCCGCAGGACAUCGAUCCCAGCUUCCCCACGUCGGAGCCGGAAGACGAGGCUGAGGAGCUCUACAAAAAGGGUUUUUGCGACAGUGACGACCAUCUUUGGCUCCACGGGGAGCUCGAGGGCAUUCACGACGAGCGCGAGCGUUUAGGGCGCAAGAAGAAAUCGGAACGGGCCUCUCCUUUGAGAUGCCGUUCCCCCCCACCCAAGCGGCGCCCCUCGCCCGCCCCCAAAGCCCGCGGCCGUUCUCCUCCGAGGCUCUUUGACCGACAGUCUCCUCGGCGGCUUAGGUCUCCGCCGCCUCUUCAGGUGGCAGUGAAGUCUCCGCAAGCCUCACCCGUCCAGAGCGGCCGGGUCAUUGCUUUCAAGUCGCUGGCUUUCCGACCUGGUUUGACGCACACCAAGUCACUGCCCAGAGCACCUGCAAUGUUCCCUCUUGUCAAGGGGCGGAAGACCAAGGCGGGCACCACCACCACCAAGGAGUCUCACAUUCGCGGCGCCAUCGACAUUGUCAAGGGACUCGAGCAGAAGCGACAGCGGCGGAGAGAGAAAUUUUACCAAAAAUAUUGCAACCGGGCUCGGAAGGAAAAGGCGCAGGUGAAGCGACCUCCUCCCGGCCAGGGUGCCGAACGCAUGAGAGAAGUCGGCUUGUUCAUGGCCGGCAAGAUAGUCUAUGAUGUCUUGUCCUCGCUCGGCCUGCUCAACAAGCACGCCAAGCUGCUGUUCCUCGGACUCGACAAUGCCGGAAAGACGACGCUGCUACACAUGCUGAAGAACGACCGCGUCGCUAUUCUCCAGCCGACGCUGCAUCCGACUUCCGAGGAACUUGCGAUUGGCAAUGUGAAGUUUACGACUUUUGAUCUCGGCGGUCAUCAGCAAGCCCGCCGUCUCUGGAAAGACUACUUUCCCGAAGUCAACGGAAUCGUGUUCCUCGUCGACGCCAAGGAUCACGAACGGUUCCCCGAGGCCAAGGCCGAGCUGGACGCGCUCCUGUCGAUGGAGGAGCUGUCCAAGGUCCCCUUCGUCGUGCUCGGGAACAAGAUUGACCACCCGGAUGCCGUCUCGGAGGACGAGCUCCGCCACCAACUCGGCAUGUACCAAACGACGGGCAAGGGCAAGGUGCCGCUCGAGGGCAUCCGACCUAUCGAGGUGUUUAUGUGCUCGGUGGUGAUGAGGCAGGGAUACGGCGAGGGCAUCCGGUGGUUGUCUCAGUACGUUUAA